AUGCUUUCGCUUCCUAUUCUGUCUGAAGAUUUUUCCUACGGAGCCCUUUGCUACGAUGAGGCACAACAACAUUUGCAAUUUGUACAAGCUGAUACCAUGAACAAAACGGUUUUUGGGACCAAGGAGGACUGUCAAAUCAACCACAUCAUACCGUUGCACUUGGAAAUUAAGGUCGGAUGCAACCUGUUCAGGUUCCAGUUUACGUGUGAACCUAAGGAGAUUGAGCUGAAGAUGAAAAAACUUGCGGCUGAGAAGAAUUUCCAAAUUACGCCAACUACCGAUUGGAGCACAAGAGCAGCUACACCAGGCUCGACCUGCAACCCAUGGGACAUUGAUGAGCAGGACUUGGUACCGCUUCAGGCCUACGUAGAAGCAAUUAUUCCACCAACUCAAGAAAAAACAGCAACGACCGAAGUCACGACCCCUAUUCAAGUCGAGUCACCUACGAAAAACCGUGACGCUGCGGAAGAACUAAAAUGCAUUACGUGUAAAAUGGGCGGCUUCCAAAUGGAUGACCUACUUGGCUACGCCCUAGUGAAGCAUUGCAUGCAACAUUCAACUUGGAAGACCUUUCGAUGUUCUAUUUGUAGCCAUGUUGAGAGGUACCGUUCCCACCUGAAUCGCCAUCUGAAAUCCGAACAUGCGGGCCGAGCCCACCUGAUCGACGAUAGCUGCCGCCAGUCCUACCAGGCUCUCCGGGACGCAUCAGUUUACAACUUCCCAACACACCGUAGCCUGAUUGAGCGCGUUAUUCGGAAGAAAAUUAUGCGCCUCGAGCACGAAAAAGCCAAUUCCGUGACGGUUUCAUCAACUGAUGAGACAGACAACAACUCUGAUCGUCAGAAGAUCAUCGAACUCGAAAAUGUGAUCCAAAGCCUGAACCUAGAAGUGAUCCAACUCGAAGCAGAACGCGCUGCUCGCCAACCACAAGAGGGGCCAAUUGUUAAAGACGAACCCGAAGAUAACCCGAACGCGAUCCUGAAACGCGAAAUUCAGGAAUUGAAGCAGAAGGACAAGGAGCAAAGUGCUUUAAUCGCCGAUCUCCUGAUAAAAGUUGAGCGCUACAAAAAGCUUUUCCCCUGCUACACUAUUGAC